AUGUCGCGUUCUCUUUUCUUCCUGUGUGGGCUGUUGUCGCUAACUCUUGGCGAACGGGGUUGGCCGCAUCAGUCAUUUCAGACAGGAAAAUGGCAGCCUCCCUGUCUGAACCUCACAAAAACCGGUGAAACAGCCUCAGGUCACAUCUUUAUAGGUGUGCGAAAGUAUAAACAAGCCGGCAACGUGCCAACAAUCUUCGACACCAAUGGGGACAUGGUAUGGCAGGGCCCGCAAGGGGAGAAUUUGGACUUUAAAGUGCAAAGGCUUUUCGGCCAGAAUGUGAUCACAUACUGGGAUGGGCAGCCAGAUGAUAGGGAGAUCUACACAGUCACCUUGAACGACGACUUCCAAACCGUUAGCGGCAAGCGGUUUGACUCCUACAUCGAUGGCCACGAGCAUUACAUUACGUCCGAAAAUACCUUAUUAGUCUCAGCUGUCAACUUCACCCAAACAGAUACCAGCCAUUUCGAGCGGGGUAGACCCGACAUGUGGGUUAUUGACUCCUUGUUCUACGAAGUUGACGUCAAAACAAACAACAUAGUGUUUAAAUGGGCCGCACUGGAGCACAUUCCGAUCUCGAAGACUAAACUUGACAUAAAGGGUGGGAGGAAUUUAAUUGACGCGUGGGACGCCUACCACAUAAACUCAGUCACUCCUACCAGAUAUGGAUAUCUUGUCAACUUUCGGCACAUAUCCUCGGCUUUCUAUAUUAACAAGAACGGCUCCGUCCGGUGGGAACUGUCUGUGAGUAUAUCUAAUCGUGGUCAUGUUGCUUUUGUUGUUUAUCUGGCAGCCGGAAUUUAUCUGCUCACUCGGUGUUUCUUCAAGGGUGACAAUGAUGGCGGCGGCGACUUCAAAAGUGAAAAUAUCAAAUUCGCAUGGCAACAUGACAUUCGUGUUUACAACGAAACCGACGAAGCUCUAGUGCUCAGUCUGAUGAACAAUGAUGCAUUAGAAAAUCAGGACGAAGGCCCGUCAACGGGACUGGUCGUCUACGUUGACCUCGUCAACAAGAAGACAUGGAGAACCCACAAAUUGACAGAUCCAACGGACAAAGUGGUCAGCGCAACUCAAGGUAGUUUCCAGUUCCUCCCAUACCCAGGAACAGAACACGUGCUAGUGGGCUACGGAUCGAUACCGAAACUCAAGGAAUACGAUAAAGACGGCAAUGUGGUUCUCAGAGGACAGUUUGGCAACAACGCAUUUGAGGCGAAUGCCUACCGGAUAUUCAAAUUCCCAUGGAACGCUACUCCCUACUGGGAUCCUGUGUUGGUUGUUAACCAUACCACUGAGUCUACCACCGAUGUUUAUAUGAGCUGGAAUGGUGCCACAGACUAUGACAACUGGGCCAUUUUCUCAGUCCGAUCUGAGACCUCGACGUUGUGGGAAGGCGAAUUCUUGUUGGCUCAAGAACGAAAUGGCUUUGAGUCCCAUGUCUCUCUUCAGAAUGUUGACGCUAAGUUUAUCUUUGCUGUUAAAAGAGACGGCCAGAAGAUCAUGGGCAAGUCCUCUGUCGUCGAAUAUUCUGUUUGUUUUCUUCAUAGCCCAAAAGGGAAACUCCAAGGUUUCAAUGUAGACAAUCAUGAAUAA